AUGGCCUCAAGCUUGAAUCCGCUCGAUUUCGAAGACAUUGUGCGAUCUGCACUAAUCCUGAACCAAGCCUAUAUCGGCUCAUUAGCAUUCAUCCUCUAUGACCAUGCAUUAACGCUUGAUGAAGAGAUCCACUACAUGUGGUCCUGCGAUCGAAUAGAGAUUGGGAAAAUCUUAUUCUGCCUGAAUCGUUAUCUGGUCCCCGCAGAAUACGCAGUUACCCUUUAUGGCUUUCUCGCUGUCCCAAGCCUACCAGUAUGCAAGAUCUUAUACAUGUUCCAAGAAUACUCGUCCCUGGGGAGUUUGGCUGUUGUCCAAAUUGUGUUAAUGACACGAACAUGGAUUCUUUGGGGUGCGAACAAGCUCCUGCUGGCAACGCUCAUUGUUCUGCUCCUCGGCUGUCUAUACGCCACUGGCAUUCUCCUAUGCUUUAUAAGCAAUGGGCAAGAUUUCCUCGUUGAUGCCGAUCUUAAGAUUGGAUGUAUAGUCAUCGAGGGUCCAGCGCCUCUCUUUUGGACCUUCUGGCUGCCUGUUAUCGGCUUCGAUCUUGUUCUUUUUAUCCUCACGUUGGUGAAGGUGAUCCAGCAUCAGCGGGAGGCCAUUCAUGGUCCGCUCGUCGACAUCCUGCAUCGUGACGGCCUCGUGUACUUCGCCCUGAGCUUAGGGUUGGGGAUCGGCAACAUGAUCACCUUUGCAUUAGCACCGCUUCAUCUCAAAUCUGUUGCAUUACCACUCAUGACAGCGACCUUAUGUGUGACAUGCUCCCGGAUGCUGUUGAAUGUGCGACAGGUUGGCCAUCACAUUCCUUCGCCACCGCCGUCGGAAACUACGUUUGGAUUUGGCAACGCAGAGACAUUCGAGCUGGACAGUCUUCGUCGACGCCAUCGCUCGACGGACUUUGCUGAGUUAUCACCAACCAGCCCCACCCUGCCUUCUCCUCUACAACGCCCGUCCGACUGGCGUCGUAACAUCCAGGUUGCUACGGAAGUGAACACUAAUCAGCGCAUGAAUGGAACGAUCGUCACGAGUAGUAGCGGGUCUAGUUCCGAUGGAUUUCAUUUUGAUUUACCGACUGCACCGACUGCCAUGCAUAUCGGGGGCCGUGACAGGUCACUAUCUCUUGCAUCGACGGCAUCUCCGCUUACCCCACCAUCAACCACAUCUGAGACGCCGUUUGCAAUGCUUUGCGAGGAGCACGUAGUCCACAUGGGAUAUGCCGUUUGA